CAGACCAGUCGUGCAAGAGGGCUGCGUUAAUGUGCGGUUCAGUUGGUUUAAAGCACGCGAACGGUAAACAAUAACAGCAGCUAGGGGUGGUAGUAGUCUUCUAAUUGAUUGAGCUUUGGGUGUGAAAUUUGAACCUGGUGCUAUUGCGCUCCACACAAAAAUGGCUCUUAACUUGGACGAAUGUUACGAACAUGUUCUCGGAUUGGUGGAAACUGCUGGAAGCCUAAUCGCUGCCAGAAACUCCCAGCGGAAACGCGUGGUAGAAAAGUCGAGCAAUAUCGAUCUGCUGACCGAAACCGACCAACAAGUGGAGCGCAUGCUGAUGGAAGGAAUCACGGCGAACUAUCCUGACCAUAAGUUUAUCGGCGAGGAAGAAACGAGCGAAGGGAAGAAGGCCGAACUGACCGAUGCACCUACCUGGAUUAUCGAUCCCGUGGACGGAACGAUGAACUUUGUGCACAGUUUUCCACAUUCGUGCAUUUCCAUCGCACUGCUGGUGGAGAAGGUGGCGGAAAUUGCCAUCAUUUACAAUCCGAUCGUUGGCCAGAAAUUUACGGCCCGCCGUGACAAGGGUGCAUUUUUGAACGGCAACCCAAUCCGUGUGUCCGGCGAAACGGCGUUCGAACGGGCCCUUGCAACAACGGAAUUUGGAACAUCCCGGGAAGAGGAAAAAACACGCGUUGUCCUAGAGAACAUUGGAAAGCUUGUGCGACAGAUUCAUGGAUUGCGUAGUCUUGGUUCGGCGGCACUCAACAUGGCUAUGGUGGCACUCGGUGGGGCAGACUUUAAUUACGAGUUUGGCAUUCACGCCUGGGACAUUGCGGCGGGAGAUUUGCUGGUGCGGGAAGCGGGAGGCGUCUGUUUGGAUCCUGCCGGUGGUCCACUGGAUCUUAUGUCCCGUCGGGUGCUGUGUGCCAGUACGCAAGAACUUGCCGACAAGGUGGUGCUCGCAUUGACACAGUUCUAUCCCGAACCGAGGGAUUAGAAAAGUGAAUCAUCGGUUUGUACUUCCAUCCCUUAAAAAAUACCAAUUGUUACCGUACUUACUGUCAAGAAUAGUACAACGUGCUAAUAUCAUUAUAUUAUCCAAACCGUGUCAAGAGUGGUAAAUAAAUGUUG